CAUGGGAAGAUCUUGGUUCUAGCCGGAAGAAAAACAUCUAGCCAAACUCCUACUAGCCCUACCUAUCUCCUGCUCCUGAUAUCCAAACCCUAACCCCCACCAAAAAUCUCCAGUCCUUAAAACCUUAGCUUAUUGUCUAUCAAAAUCACCACUCAUUUUCUAUCAUACCCACUGUUUCUUCUCUUCAUAACCUCACUUACCUUCGGAGUUUCCAUUGUCAGCCAUGGACCUCCAGCGAGCUAUGCUUGACGAACUCAUGGGCGCUGAUCGUAAUUUGACGGAGGAAGAGAAAAAAGAGUACAAGGAAAUUACGUGGGAUUCUAAGGAGGUGUGUCCAUAUUAUAUGGCUCGGUUUUGUCCUCAUGAUCUCUUUGUUAAUACCAAAAGUGAUUUAGGGCCAUGUGAUAGGAUUCAUGAUCCAAAGUUGAAGGAAAGCUUUGAGAAUUCUCCAAGACACGACAGAUAUCUGCCCAAAUUUGAAGCUGAACUUGCUCAGCGUUGUGAGAAACUGGUGAUGGAUUUGGAUAGAAGAGUUAGGCGUGGACGAGAACGGCUAGCUCAAGGGGAGGAACCAAUGCCACCUCCCCCACUGUCAGCUGGAAAGUCUGAACAGUUAUCUGUGGUGGAGGAGAAAAUAAAGAACCUGCUGGUGCAAGUGGAAUCACUUGGUGAAGCUGGGAAGGUGGAUGAAGCUCAAGCUCUUAUGAAAAAGGUGGAUGAACUCAAUGUUGAGAAGGCCUUAAUUCAAUCGCAGAGCGAUAAGUUGUUGAUGGUUCCACAGGAGAAAAAGAUGGCCUUAUGUGAGAUUUGUGGUUCUUUUCUAGUAGCAAAUGAUGCUGUGGAGAGGACUCAGUCUCAUGUCUUAGGGAAGCAGCACAUAGGUUAUGGCUUGGUCCGAGAUUUCAUCACAGAGUACAAGGAAGCUAAGGAGAAGGCAAAGGAAGAGGAGAGACUAGCUAGAGAGAAAGAAGCUGAAGAACGAAGGAAGCAAAGGGAGAAGGAACAUGAGAGGAGGAGGAGUAAUUCUGAUGAUAGGGACCGUUAUCAUGAUAGAGAUCGAGACAGGGAGAGGGACCGCAAUCGUGAACGUGAACGGGAUCGUGAAAGGACACGGGAGUGGAAUGGUAGAGGUAGUGGGGAUGGAGGAAAGGGGACAGAUUGGAGGUCUAGGAAUGGAAGAGAGAGUGGCAAGGAUAGGUAUCGUGACCGCAGUAGGUCAAGGUCCCCUGUUAGACAUGGUCACAGGAGAUCCCCUAAAAGUCCAGUUCGCCAAUAUUAAAUGGAUUGUGUAGAUAGAUAUCGAAGCUUUUAAAUUGAGCUUUGUUGAGACUAUACCUCCCUUUCAUCAAUAUUAAUAGAGGAGAAAAGGGUUGAGGUAGGUAUGACUUGUUAUUGUUGUAAGUCUUUCACAUUCAUCAUAGGCGUUGGCUGAAUUGAAUUUCUUUUACGUGAUUGUCUCUAGAACAUUAUUUUCAGAGUCUAGUGUCCCUUUCCUUAUAUUGGGUCCAUUGAUGGAUAUCCUGUUCUCAUGUAUUUAAGAGUGCAGAAACAAAUUAUAUGCUUGAAUGACAGUGCUGCAUAUAGGGACGAUGGUUUUAUGUCACAAUUUUGAGGUAACCCAAUUCUUAUUAGUUUCAUGGCCAUCGUGGUAAUUUGACUUACCCUAUUUAUUUACAUUUGAUUUUUCUCAACUCAAGUCAAUGUGAUUUGCAACUGCUGCUUUCUCCACUGAACGGUAAAGAAGGUCUAGAAUCCUGAAACUAUUGGGAUUAACCAUGUACAACUUAAAAAAUGAUUUGACAGGGUAGCAAUGCUUGAUAAAAUUUAUUUUACCAGGUGACCAUCUGCUUGAUUUUAGUGAUAUGAUUUCAUUGUAGCUUGUUUUCAUGUUGGCUAUCUACAAGGUAGGGAUGCUCAUUCCUUCUCCUGCUGCCUGAUCAUUAUUUGGUGGGAACUUGUGAUGGUGCAUAGUUUAUGCGCAUGAGCAGGGAAUUAAGACCAAUGGACAUUGUGUUUUUUAGGGUAAUAAAUGGUUCUCCAUACUCAUUUUCAUGCAGAAAUGGAUUUCCCAUUCUCAGAGUAGGUUAUUUUUGGAGUCAAACUUUCAAACCAGUGUCAGACAAUUUUAUAGGUAACUACUUCUCUUUGUAGAGUAAUUUUCUUAGUUUCUUAGCCUCCUAAAGGCAUAAUUGCUUUGAUACUGUUUUUACACUUGCUUGAAACUACUUCAGUGGACUGGGAUGCAAGGUUACGCUGCAUUGCAAAACCUAUAACUUGCAAUUUUCUUGGUGCCCGGAGGUAAUUUGAACAUGUGCAUGAUUAUGUCGAAUAGUUUCUUCAUAUUCCAGUUUGCAGGAAAGACGUGUACAUCUGGUUAAGCCAGAUGGCAUAGUUGCCACCGAAAGUGCAUCCUUGAUGCUAUGCAAGGAAUUAUGUGUUCAGGGGAAAAUGUCUUCUAAUUGAAAGAUACAGAAAUGGAGUAAUAUUUUUAAGAACCACCUGGAAGAGCAAUUUGCAGCUGGCUUUAAUUUUCCGCCAGCACCUGGUCUAUGCGUUUUUUGACAGUUCACUAAUGUUGCUAACAUGUGUUGCUACUAUAUAAACCACCCUUUACUUUGUCAUUUUAUGUGAUAUGUGGUUGUUAUGG